CUCUCUUCUUUGUGGCAGUGUUCUCCAGGCGAGCACACAGUAAGUUUCAACUUGUCAGCGGCAGCAGAGCAUAUCAGUUCUCUACAGGACUGUAGUUACACGCCCCUAACAGAAUUUUUAGAAGAUAAAAGCGAUGCGACUACCCUUCACUGCCUAGUCAAAGAAGACGCGUCAAGACGGAGCUUGUGCCAUGAGGUGAUCAUUAUAUAAACCCGUUUAUUACGGCCAAGUUUUCCCCCACGCAUCUCACCUGAAGCCAUGGGGUUAUGUGAGAAUAUGAGGCAGGGAAACGCUGGAGCUUUCAGGGCCGGAGUAGGAGUGCUGCUGUUGGGGCUCAGCCUGGCCCAGACUGUCCCUCAACACACUGCCUGUCCAGCAGCCGUGGCCCCACAGAAUCUCACCCAGCUCCAGAACCAGGACACAAGGGAGGACACUAAUGCGGGUUUUAUGGCCUCUUUUGUCCAGUCCUUCCUGCACACAGUGCAAUCUAAACCCUUUCCUGUAGAUCUGGUCCUGAAAAUAGUCAAGGAUGCUAAGCAUGAACAGGUUGAUGAAGAAAACAUCAAAGAAUUCCUGGUGUAUCGUGUGGGUUUCUUGGUGUGUGCAGCCAUUGGUGUCCUGUACAUCGUUCUGAUGCCCAUAGUUGGUUUCUUCUUGGCGUGCUGUCGGUGCUGUGACAACUGUGGUGGGAAGAUGUAUCAGAAACAAACUUCUUCCAUUCACUGUCGCAGAAGAACCCUCUACUGGUGUGCAUUCAUCACCACAGUCAUUAUCCUUGCUGGAAACAUUUGCAUGUUCAGAAGUAACCAAGCGCUCAAAGUGAGCAUGGACCAGAGUACAGCAGACCUCAUCAAAAGUAUAGAUAACAUCAACACCUUCCUCACUUCUGUGCCUAAGCAAAUCGACUAUGUGUUGAACGAGAGCUACAAAACCAUACAGGAGGUUAACGGAAACCUACUUGCCAUUGGACAUCAGUUGGGAACAGAGAUCCAGAAUGUUUUUAGAGCUAUCCUGGACCCAGCGCUGCAUUCAGUUAAACUUCUGGACCAAGAGACUGUAAACAUUGAUGCUCAACUGAAAAAGCUGAACUCAUCUUUGGUCCAGCUGCAGUCCAGCCUGGACCUCCUCCACGGCAAUGUGUCUGCUGUUAAAAGGCGCAUCAGUCAGACUUCAUCUAAUGCAGCCUGCAUCGGUUGUAACAACAUAAAUCUACAGAGACUGGAUGUACUGGACAUCACCAUCUCUACUUCCAGCUUGACUAAAAUCCAGUCCUCAGUGGAUAAAGUCAUGGAAACUAAUCUCAAAUUUGAAAUCAAGGAGGUAGAGGAUUAUUUCCACAGCAUCCCCCAGACGGUGACCAAUGACACUGCUGAUAUUGUUCAAAAUAGCCAGCAGCUGUUGAAUGAGAUAAAAAAACAGAUAUCACAAGUCACCAGUGACAUCCCUUUAUCCGCUCUGAACAACGUGUUGGGGUCUCUGCACGAUGUGCAGAGAAAAAUCGGCAAGAUCACACCAGAGGUCAAGAAAGGCGAGCAUAUUAGAUGGGCAGUGUGUGUGGUCCUGUGCUGCUUCGUCCUCCUGGUGGUGGUGUGUAACCUUCUUGGUCUGGCCCUGGGCCCUAUGGGUCUAAAACCGAAAGAAAACCCCACAAAGCGCUCCUGCACGGCGGACUGUGGAGGCACCUUCUUCAUGAUGGGUGCAGGUUUCAGCUUCGUCUUCUCCUGGCUGUUAAUGAUAGUGGUGCUGGUGCUGUUCAUAUUAGGUGGGAGCGCUUACACUCUGAUCUGUAAACCUUGGAACAACGGAGAACUGUUCAAGAUCAUUGAUACUCCAGGUCUAAUACCAGGGUUGGAGAUAGGUCCAGCUUUGGGAUUGAAAACCAACCUCAGUAUCUCUGAUAUCUAUAAAGACUGCAAGAAAAACCAAGCUCUGUGGACGACACUCCACUUGAACGAGGUCGUAAACCUUAACGAACUGCUCAAUAUGUCUCAAUACACAAAGGAGAUCCAGCAGUAUUUUGACGGUGCAAACAUCACUCUGACCACCAUCACUCUCCUGAGCCCUGAAAUUAAAAAUGAACUAAUCAGCUUUUCGGCCACAGCUAAAGAUUUUGACUUUGCACAAAUAUUUCAACAGAUGAACAACAUUUCCAGCAUCAAUCUGAAUACAACAGCAGAUAUACUUGACCGUAUCUCUCAAAGUCAAAAUGACAAUCAAAUUAAAAAUGAGCUCCAAACUGAGGCCAGAGACCUGAGACAGAUCCAGUCUAACAUGGAAAGAACCAUCACCCCACAACUGGAAAACCUCAACUCGACCAUCAAGAGCAUUCAAUCCAUCGGAGAGAAAAUCAAUGGAACAGUGGGGGAGGUGCUAAGCAACGUAGAAGCAGCACAUGACUUCCUCGACACAAAUACGACACAGAUCAUCAAGACCGAGAGCAGAAAGUUUUUGGACUGUCAGCUGGGUUACUUCAAUACUUUUGCCAAAUGGGCCAACAUCACGAUCACGCAGCAGGUGGGCCGCUGUGGGCCGGUGGCGGGUUCUGUGGACUCUGUUGAGAAUCUCCUGUGCGCAAACAUUGUGGAGUCUCUGAAUGCGUUCUGGUUCAGUCUGGGCUGGUGCAUCAUCUUCUUUAUCCCCAGCAUCAUUUUUACCAUCAAGCUAGCUAAGUACUACAGAAAAAUGAAGUCCUCUGAUGUCUUUGAUGACCACAUAAUGAUGAAUCACUUCCCGAGGGCCCAGAUGAAAAUCACCUGAGAAGAUAGCAUAUGUACGAUACAUAUGUACAAAGACUGCAGCCACAGUUGGCAUAACUUGAUAUAAUAAAAACACAUGAGGUACUUCUGCACAGAUGUGACACAACAAACUGAAAAAAAGAGUUAUGUAUUAUGUAUUAUUAUGUAUGUAAUCCUUUUUUUUAAUCAAAAUGUUCACUAUAAGAUGGAGAAGCAAAGUCACAUAUUAAGCGACUGCAGUGGUUAUACAAUACAUUUCAUACACCGCAUGCAGCGUCUUUGAAUUGAACUCAGGGGGACACAGGGCGUAAGGGAAUCUGCAGGGAUUUUUUUUUCAUAAUCUUAAAUAAAGUUUCAAAGAGAUUGGUACUACAUAAAUGAUUUAUAUGUAUUUAAUGUAUAAACUAUGAGCUGCUGCUGUAUUCUGGCAAUAUGUGCUCCAUAUUUCAAAUUGUAAAGCUGAUUUUUGUUGAUUGACACAUGUCUGUGCAGUCAUGUUUGAUGUGCAGUGCUCUCACAAAACGCAGCAAUGUGUUACCGUGCCAACAGGCAUUUGUGUGUCUGUAUACUGCCGUGGUUUGGCAACCUGAUUCCAAUGGGAAACAUUUUUUAAUUACAUGCCUAUAAUGUAUAUACUUGCACUAGUAUUGAAAAUCAAAGCACUAUUUCUUGAAUGAAUCAUUCCUCAAUCCCUUUCAAGCUUUAUUUGAUAGAGACAGCUGGAGAGUGACAGGAAUGUGGGGGGAGAGAGACAGGGAAUGACGUGCGGGAAAGAGCCACAGGUCGGAUUCGAAACCCUGGGCUUCCGCAGCAAGGACUGAAGCUUCGCACAUGGGGCGGCUGCUCCACCAACUUAGCUAAACACCAACCCAGUUUUGUUACAUUUUUAAAUAUGUUUUUGUAAAUAUUGAUUUUGGCUCAUGUGAUUUAUGAUUCGAUAUUGAUUAUUUUGUACUUUGAUCUUUUUUGUCACACAGCACUUUAUAUGGUCUUUUUAUGUUUGCUCAGUGUGGUUAAAAGGUUGUGAACAUUUCUGCCUGCUGUUGUGAAAACUAUGUAAAAGUAAAAACUGUUACUGAUCAACGACUGCA